GCAAUAUCCCAAAUUCCGACACCACCAUCCAAGACUGCAGCCCAGCAAAAACAAGUAACAGUAACAGUACAAAGUGACAAAACAAGUCACGGAAACACAUGGAGCCAAAUGAUGGAAGAAGAGAUGGGAGAAACAUCCACCAGCACGAAGACCUACCCUAAAGAGGAAACACACGAAGAACCACAACAAACCAGUGAAUAA